UAUAAGAAGUAUGAGAGUGGUGGCAGCAAGUUGUGUUUGAGUUUGUGAGCGUUGGUUGGUCUUUGGGGUGCUGUGCCGCUAGUCUGACCGGGGUGCCAGGUGUGUGAGACUGAGCAGGGGACCCUCUAGACAGCCACGCCUAAAGUCACGUGCGUCUGAAGUGCCGUAAUCGUGACAAAUUGGUGGCAGCGGUGGGAUAUUGUUAUUUAGAGCAUUAGUACUUGGAUUAAGUAAUUGAACCUUGCACUAAAGACUGUGAAUCCUUGAGAGGAGGAAACAGUCUUCAAAGACAAACUCAGUGCAGAGUAAUUUUUUUUUUAAGACAUACGUGUUGCAAACAGUUUCCCUUCCCUUCUUGUUUUUCUUUUCUAUCUUUUAUUUUGGUAAAGUGUUGCAAGAUGGCAGCAUUUUAUAAGAGGCAAACCAAGGAGACCCUCAUCAACCUCUGUGAGCAAAGAGGCAUUGAUGCAGCUGACAAAUCAAAGGAGAUGUUGGUUUGUGCCUUGGUGGAACAGGAGCAGCAGAGCUACACCCCUGAGUCGGGAGACUAUGCCACUCAGGACAUGCCAGUGCUGAACUCUGCUCCUGGGUCCUCUCAGCGAGGGGAUAGUAAUAGCUGCAGUGGGCAGGGUGACAGGAAUUCAUCCUUGCAAGCAGCUUUGCAAUUGUUGGGUUCAGAUGACCCCCAGCUGCGCCUUCAGCUGAUCCUGCAAUAUCAACAGGCGGAAGCAGGAAGAGAGGCCGCAGAGAGAGAGGCCGCAGCAGCAGCAGUAGCAGCAGAAAGAGAGGCCGCAGCAGCAGAAAGAGAGGCCGCAGCAGCAGCAGCAGAAAGACAGGCAGAACGCCAGUAUCAACUGGAGUUAGCAAAGCUCCAGCAACAGAGAUUACCCCCACGUUCCAGUGAGUCCUCGGAAUUGCGCCCUUUGAUAACCUCUGCAGAUAAAUUUCCAGUCAUGGAUAAAGAUGGUGACCUGGAUACCUUUUUGCGGUGCUUUGAAAGAGCUUGCAGACAGUAUCACUUACCCCAUGAGCAAUGGGCAAAAUACCUCACACCAGGAUUAAAGGGUAAAGCCCUGGAUGCUUUUGUGGACUUGCCACCAGAGUUUGAUGGGGACUAUGAUGCUAUAAAAAAUGCUCUAAUCAAGAAAUACCAUCUCACCCCAGAGGUGUAUCGGAAAAAAUUCAGGACUGUACAGCGCGGGCCUACAGACAGCUACUCUGAUGUUGUGAGUAGUCUCAGAACCACAUUUAAAGCUUGGCUGAGGGGACUCUCUGUUACCACAUUUGAUUGCCUGGAAGAUCUGAUGAUAAAAGACCAGUUUUUGCACACGUGUCCUGUGGAAGUGAGGCAAUUCAUUAUGGACCGUGAGCCCAAAACAGCAGAUCAGGCAGCAGAGAUAGCAGACACCUAUGCUGCAAAUAGGAUGUCUGACAACCACAAAACUACCUCCCAAACCUGGAAGCGAGGUAAACCAACAGGCCACUUUCCUUCACAUGCCAGCAAGGUGCCUGCCAGCCCUACACCCCGCCCUACUGCAGGUACCUCGGCACCAGUGGAUACCCGGCAGUGUUUUGUAUGCCGCAAGGUGGGCCAUGUCAGCAUAAAUUGCCCAGAGAAGAGGAAGUCUACACUUAUGGGGAAACAGACCAGCUCAUCCCCUGCUGUUUUGUUUGUUGCCGGAAAAGAGGGAAAUAGUGUGGAUAACUUACAACCUGUUACUGUGGGUAACAAGAUCACUGUUGGACUCAGGGAUACUGGAGCAGAAGUUACUCUGGUGCGGCCAGAGAUGGUAAACUCUGAGGACAUUAUUCCUGGGAAAACCAUGGAUGUUAAAGGAAUUGGAGGAACCAGUCCUGCAGUGCCCCUUGCACGUGUAUACCUUGAUUGGGGUGCAGGAAGCGGUAUAAGGGAGGUGGGAGUGUCUGAUGCUAUUCCUACCAAUGUGUUGUUGGGCACCGAUUUGGGCAGGCUGGUAUCCCAGUAUGUACCUGCAACUGCUUCCCAGGAGUCUGUUCCACUAUCAGAGACUUCUGAACACCUAAAGGUACUGUGUUAUGACUCUGUACAAUCUGGUAGUCUGGGGAAUGAACACAGGGGGGCCACAGAAUGUCCUUCUGUUACACAGGUUAGCAAUAUGUCCAGUGAACCUAUAAGAAAUGUUGGCAGGGGGGGUUGUAAUGUUGAUUGUUCUGUUGCAGUUGUGACACGAAGUAUGGCAGCUCAGCCCUUGCCUGCAGACCUAGGGGAAGAGGUAAAUACAUCAACUUUCCCUUGUUCUGAAACCGAGCACAUUGAAAGUAAUGAUCCUCUGCCUGUAAUCUCAGUCUCUCUAUGUCCAGAAUCUACAGCCAGCUCCUCUGACUUUGAGGCUGCUCUGAAAACAGAUGCUAGCUUGGAGAAACUGAGAUCUUUGGCAGACAAACCCCCUACUGAGAAUGACAGCGAGAAAAUUUAUUGGGACAAAGGAAAACUGUACAGGAAGGUAAUUCCCUCUGACCCAUCUGAACCAUGGAUGGCAGAGACACAGUUAAUUGUUCCCUUUAACUACAGAGAGCAGCUGUUAAAGGUAGCACACGAAGUUCCCCUCGCUGGGCACUUAGGGGUACAAAAGACUAAAGCCCGUUUAACGCACAGGUUUUAUUGGCCCAACAUGGGUACAGACAUUGCUAACUACUGCCGUUCUUGUCUUACCUGCCAGCGCAUUGGCAAAUCUGGAGAUAUUGCCAAGGCUCCGCUGAUCCCCUUACCCAUUAUUGAUGAGCCCUUUCAGAGGGUGGCUGUGGAUAUUGUCGGGCCCUUAGCCAUACCCAGUAGUUCUGGGAAGAGGUUUAUUCUUACAGUAGUGGAUUAUGCAACCCGAUACCCAGAAGCAGUAGCCCUGUCUUCCAUAAGAGCAGACAAAGUUGCUGAUGCCCUGCUGAGCAUAUUCUCAAGGGUUGGGUUUCCCCGGGAAAUGCUCACAGAUCAUGGCACACAAUUUAUGUCUAGUUUAAUGCAGAGUUUGUGCAAAAAGGUACAAGUGGAGCAUCUAGUUGCUAGUCCGUACCACCCACAAACCAAUGGCCUUUGUGAACGUUUCAAUGGCACCCUAAAGCAAAUGCUUAGGAUGUUUGUAGACUCCCAGGGCAGGGACUGGGAGCGAUAUCUUCCCUAUUUACUGUUUGCAUACCGGGAAGUACCCCAAGCCUCCACGGGUUUUUCCCCUUUUGAGCUCCUGUAUGGGAGAAGGGUCCGUGGGCCCUUAGAUUUAAUCAGGGAAGCCUGGGAGGGGAAAAAUGUAGGUCCUGAAAUUUCUGUGGUGGACUACGUAACAACAUUCAGGGAUAAAAUGCAAACUCUGAUGGGCCUAGUACAUGAAAACAUGAAACAGGCCCAGAAGACUCAAAAACAGUGGUAUGACCGUAAUGCCAGAGAAAGGGUUUAUGAAGUCGGUCAGAAGGUGUGGGUUUUAAUUCCUAUGCGCCAGAAUAAGCUACAGGCAGCAUGGGAGGGUCCUUGCAUUAUCCAAAAACGUCUAAAUGAUGUAACAUAUGUAGUCGCUAUGGAUGAGAAGGGCCAGAGACAAAAGAUUUUCCAUGUAAAUAUGAUCAAGGCUCACUAUGACCGAACUGCUUGUGCCCUGCCAGUUUGCAGUUUGCCUACGGAGGGUGAAGUGGACUCCUUGGUCGACUUGCUAGCAUCCACAAAGGACACUGGGUCCUUUGCUGAUGCACAAAUUAAUCCUCAGUUAACUGAAGGGCAGAAGGCUGAACUGUCGGAGGUGCUUGAAUCAUAUCAGCAAACCUUCUCAGCAAAGCCAGGGAGGACACACCUUGUUGCUCAUCAUGUAAAUACAGGUAGCCAUUCCCCUAUUAGACAGUCAGCUUAUAGAGUUUCCCUAGAGGUACAAGCAGAUAUUAAAAGGGAGAUAGAAGAGAUGUUAACCCUUGAUGUAAUUCAGAAAUCCCAUAGUGCCUGGGCCUCACCAGUAGUCCUUGUCCCUAAGAAGGACAAAUCAACCAGGUUCUGUGUGGACUACCGAAAGUUAAAUGCUAUAACUGUCUUUGAUGCCUACCCCAUGCCAAGAAUGGAUGAACUCUUAGAUAAAUUGGCAGGUGCCUGCUUUUUAACCAUUAUGGACCUGAGCAGAGGGUAUUGGCAAAUUCCCCUUACAUCAGAUGCCCAGGAAAGGUCUGCAUUUGUCACUCCCUUUGGGUUAUUUGAAUUUAAAGUCAUGCCCUUUGGCAUGAAAAACGCACCUGCAACGUUCCAAAGAGUUGUAAAUGGUUUGCUAGAAGGGAUGGAACAAUUUGCAUUAGCCUAUUUAGAUGAUAUUGCUGUGUUCAGUCACACCUGGAAGGAUCACCUAUCUCACCUGUCCCAAGUCCUAGGUAAAAUCAAAACAGCCGGUCUGACUAUCAAACCUGGCAAAUGUCAGAUUGGCAUGACAGAGGUGCAGUAUUUGGGACACAGGGUAGGAGGGGGCACACUCAGACCAGACACAGGAAAAGUGGAUUCUAUAAUGGCUUGGCCCACUCCUCAAACCAAGAAACAAGUUAUGUCCUUUUUAGGAACUGCGGGCUAUUAUAGAAAAUUUGUCCCAAACUACAGCUCACUGGCCAAACCCCUGACAGAUUUGACAAAGAAAAAACUCCCAAAGGUAAUUUUAUGGACUCCUGACUGUGAAAACUCCUUUUUGGCCUUAAAAAAUGCCCUAGUUAACUCUCCAGUGUUACAGGCCCCAGAUUUUACACGUAGGUUUGUUGUACAAACGGAUGCUUCCGCCUACGGCCUAGGUGCGGUACUCAGCCAGGUGAACCAAAGUGGAGAAGAGCAUCCUAUUCUAUACCUAAGCAGAAAGCUGCUGCCAAGGGAAGUGGCCUAUGCCACCAUAGAGAAGGAAUGUCUGGCAAUUGUUUGGGCCUUGCAAAAACUACAGCCUUAUCUAUACGGACGUAAUUUUACCGUUAUUACAGAUCACAACCCUCUUAGUUGGCUCACCCGCAUGGCUGGGGACAAUGGGAAAUUGCUCAGGUGGAGUUUGACUCUUCAACAAUAUGAUUUCACUAUCCAACACAAGAAGGGGAGUGAUCAUGGAAACGCAGAUGGUCUGUCACGUCAAUCAGAACCCUUCCAGCAUGAGCAUGGUGCAGAUGACCUGUGAGUCAAUCUCCCCUUGCUCACUCUAAAAAGGGGAGGUGUCAUGAUACAGGCCUGUAAGGGUUAAUCAAGCAGGCCAAGGUAUCACAAAAAUCUUUCCCCAUGGGACAGAAACAGAUGUAUAACAGGCCUCUGGUCACUAGGGUCUGGAACCAGCCAUGUGUAAAGGCCUCACAUCCUGGAAUGCCCAAACUCUA